AUGGAACCUGAGAAUGAUUGUGCUUGGAAGCCAAAACAAGGAAUGACAUUCGAUUCUGAAAAAUGUGUGUAUGAUUUUUAUAAUACAUAUGGAGGAAGAAUGGGGUCUAGCAUAAGAAGUGAUUUUUGUAGGAAGAACAAGUUCACUAACCAACUUAUUUGUAGACUUUUGGUUUGCAACAAGGAGGGAUUUCGGAAGGGUGACAAACGAGACCGAUUGUCAAAAAACCCUAGAGCUAAAACUAGGACCGGUUGUAAGGCUCGACUUUAUGUCAAAUUAGAUGAGGGUACUGGAAAAUAUGUUGUGACUAAUUUCAAAGAAAAACAUAACCGUGAUCUUGUAUCACCCGAGUGUGCCCAUAUGUUGCCGUCACAAAGAAAUAUAUCGACUGCCCAAGCAAUUGAGUUAGAUUUGGCGGCACAAUCUGGUCUUCGUUUAGGCCAGUCUUUUGAACUUAUGGGUAGAGAAGCUGGUGGGAGGCAAUGUCUUGGGUUUACAAAAUUAGAUCAGAAAAAUUAUUUGAGAACCAAAAGGCAACAAAGUUUAGCAUAUGGGGAAGUAGGCAAUGUGUUGCAAUACUUUAAAGAAAAAUCUUUGCAGAAUCCUUCCUUCUUUUAUGCUUUCCAGUUAGAUAAUGAAGAGCAAAUAACAAAUAUGUUUUGGGAUGAUUCACAAAUGAUCAUGGAUUAUGCCCAAUUUGGUGAUGUUGUCACUUUUGAUACUACUUACAAGUUAAACAAAGAACAUAGACCCUUCUCGUCUUUUGUGGGAUUCAACCAUCAUAGGGAAACAGUUAUAUUUGGUGCAGUCUUGUUGUAUGAUGAGACCGCCGAAUCGUUUGUAUGGUUGUUUCAAAAUUUUCUAGAGGCUAUGUCAGGAAAGGCACCAAAAACGUUGUUCACUGAUCAAGAUGCUGCAAUGGCUAAAGCCAAACCCAUCGUUAUGCCUGACAGAAGUCACCGUUUGUGUACUUGGUAUUUGAUGCAAAAUGCAUUAAAACAUGUUAAUUGUUUGUUCCAAGAUAAGGGGGUAAAUGGUGUACUAAAUAAGUUCUUCUUUGACAUUGAAGAUGCAAAUCAAUGGAAGUUAGAGUGGGCGGAAAUGUUUGAUAAAUAUGAUGCGCAUGAAAACCAUUGGUUGAAAUUGACUUUCGCGGUGAAAAAAAAAUGGGGCUGGCCAUAUGUUAGAUCAACAUGGGCUGCAGGAAUGAUACUUUACGAGAAGCGAUACAAGGAGUUAGAAGCAGGAUAUGCUUUGUGCCAAAGGUUGCCAAAGGUGAAAGCAACAAUAAGAAUGUUAAUUCAAAAGGGUAAUGUUUACACAAAAAAGAUAUUUGAGGAAUUUCAAAAUGAGUACUUUCGAUCCAUUGAAUCGGACAUAGAAGCAAUUGAAUAUGGCGAGGCUAGUACCAUUUACACAGUUGUUGAUGUUGGUAACAAACAUGCACGGAAAGUGAAGAUAGAGAGGGAUGGGUCAUUGGGUUGUAAUUGUACAAAGUUUGAAAGGGAAGGAAUCUUGUGUUGUCACUCAUUGAAGGUUAUUAGAGACAUAUUGAAGAUAAAAGAGGUUCCUCCACAUAUUGAAGAUGUUGCAAUGACUGAAGAUGAAAAUGGCAUGCAAAGUGAAGUCAUACCAUCUCAAAUUGUGAAGCAAACUCAUGUUGGAUUGUUGCACAAAUUCUGA